GCCAUGCCUAAUCCGUCCCAAAUACAUCGCGUCGCUUCCACGUGCAUCUCCUUUUCGCGAUAGCAAUCCUAAAUGCAGUACUCUCUGCGACGACGACCGCCUGACUUUGUAGUCUAGUUAUGAAGCCGUGAUUACGUGCUACGAUUUCCGACAGCAGUAAUAUCCAGCAGCGUGGAGUAACGCGUUAUCGAUCGUGAAUAUCGAAGAAAGGCCGUAACAACGGCCUCUAUGAAUGAUUAUCAAGGACGAAAACGCAUCUCAAAGGCUGUUACCAUGCCAGCCGACACAUCCGCAUCUUCGGACGCGGAUGCAAACUCCGGCUACGACCGCGACGCGAUCGUAGCAAGCAUGACCCGCUACUACACCCUCCUCUCCAAGAUGGUAUCCAUAGAUCUGGACGACAUCGCCCUACCCCAUAACGGGCGGCGUCCCGACUCCAAGAUCCCCUUGGCGAAACUGCGUCGUCUAGGCUUCAACGACCGAAUGAUAGACUUUGUGCGUCACGUACCAUUCGUGCUCAACGGCCUUGUGCCCGUGUUCCCGGACACAGAUGUGCUGAUAUACUAUCACUCCCAUUUUGAUCGAUAUCCCGAGGAGGAUUACCAAAGAGAUGAUCCGAUUAUGGCGAACAUGUGGCCACGUGACGAGAAGAUGACAGAGGGUGUUCUGCCAUUGUCACAGCAGCUGCAUUCGGCGCAGUAUGGAACGUGGUGGAUGUUGGAUACUAAUAAUGGUGAGCUUACUCCGUGUAGCGGGCUUAUUACACGGCCGCCAGAUGAGGUACCGGAAGACGAGCAAUGGCGUUCAUCUCGCCCUGUACCAGCGGUCGCUUACUUCGAUGGCUUGUGUGAGGACCUAAAGUCACUAAGGUUAAUACCGCUCACGAAUGAUACCAACAACCCUUACUGGGAGAUGUGGGAAGACGUGAACGAGAAGGAGUAUCCGAAUCACUAUCUUCUACCAUGGAUUAAGGAGGCCAAAGCCAUCUACCAUCAAUGCCACUGGCCCGACUUGCGCAACUUUCAACGUGCCAAGUGUCGAAGGCUCUUGAUUGAUAUGCGAAGAAGAGAGAAGGAAUACUAUGACGAGAUAGAUAAGGAAAAGAGGCGUGAACAGCAAUUAGCGUCUGGAGAAGAGUCUGUAGAUAGAGCCCAGACGCCACCGGUUCCGAAACCAGAGAGCCCAUCCCGGAGGGCGCCGUGGGGGACGGAAAGUAUCGAGAUGCAGACUAAGUCAGACGGGAUGUUUGUUACUACUACGUUCAAGAUUUAAUAUGGUGAAAGGGUCUUGAACCUCCACCUCCUCCUCCU